CGUGAGGUAACUUAAAACAUAGUCAUGCUGCUUUUCAAUUAGUUUGAUACACACAGUAAUCAAUUGAUAAUGACUAAUCAUCUGUUUAUUUUCUUAUCUUCUGAUCGUAUGGCAACCAUGGGAUGUGAUACCGUCAGGGGCCAGAUUUGCAUAUGAGACCGCUAGGGUCAUGGCUCGCUACCACAUCCUCUUGGAGGGACCGAUCUGUCGCGCUUGGUUCUUGAGCGAGCCCUUCGUGCGCCAGACCUUGAGCUUGCCUGCCCCGUAUAUACUGAUGGCACCUCCCGCAUCUAUAAGAGAGACACACAGGCUUUCUGAGGAUGAGGUGAUCGAGUUCAUGGUAGGACUAGAUGCAGACCAUUUCCUCAUGGAAGGUGACUACGUGACCUUCAUUCAGAUGCAUCUGAUGCCGCCUUUGACCGGCGUUCGCGGAGGUGAGGGAGCGAGAGCUCCAGCUGCGAGAAGGAGAGGCAGAGCGAUCAUAUCUCGUAGGAGGAGAGAUCCUGAGGCGAGGCAGGAGACUGGAUGGCCAGAGCUGCCGACUACAGUGAGUUACCGGACACGUUCUGGAGAGACUUGUCAAAUCCCCAUUGAGCCUGCACCAGCUGGUCGUGCACUUGUCGGGAUUCGAGGCCCGACUCCAGCACCCAUUGAGUACACAGGGCAGGCGCUUGAGGUCGUGGCUUCUUUGACAGACAUGGUGCAGACGAGCUUAGAUCUGCUCAGCCUCUACUGGAUCUCGAUAAUUUUCAAUUUGCAUUUCAAUGCCACACACGAGAGUGGUCCUUCAGAGCCCGUUCUGGGUGAUGAUGAUGAGACGAGCGAGGAGGCUGAGGCAGCGAGUCGACAGUCCGAGUCAUCUGAUGGGGGAGACAGCGACGCUGGCUCAAAUUCUACAGAUAGUGAGGCUGGAGAGGCUGAGGAGGGUUCCGAUUCAGGCUCUGAUCCAGCUUUAGACAGCGGUGCUGAUGGUGGCGAUGCUCCAGAGUCUGCGCAGCCGAAGAAGAGGACGAAGAGGGCCUCUGAAUCCCUGAGCUCAGUGGCACCGAUUUAG